GCUGCUGGCGCCCGGGGCGGCCUCGCAGGCCUACGCUGCUCACCAGGCCUGGGGCGCCGCGAGGGCGCUGAGCCCGCCAGGGCGCACAGAGCACUGCAGCGACCAGCUGGCGCUGCACGUGCAGGCCCUGGAGCAGGCGAAGAGCCUGGCGGCGGCGCAGUCGGCGCAGGCGCUGCAGAAGAUACGGGAGCGGCAGGACUUCGAGGCUGGAGCUGGAGGUCCGGAGGUCCCUGCGCCAGGCCCCCGCGCCCUGCUGCGCGCCCUGCGCCGCCGCGGCCGAGGCCGUGGCGUGCGCCGGGGCCGGCGCCCGCCCGGAGACGCCCCGCCGCGGGGAGGGCACGGCGCAGGCGCCGGCGGCGCGAGGCCGCCCAGCCUCGGCGGGGCCCGCGGAGGAGGACGAGCGCGUGAUCUACGAGCCGCCUCCGGAGGUGACCUCCGCCGAGGCGGCACCCGCGGCGGGAGGGGCGGAGCUGGGCGCCCGGGGCGCCCGCUCGGCGAGCACGGAGCGGGGAGCUGCAGGCGCGGGGGACGACGACGUGGGCAUCUUCGAGCCGAGCCCGCUCGUGGAGGGCCCGGCCCCGCAGGAGCGGGCCACGGCCAGGAGGGCAAGCGGCGGCGGUGCGGCGGCCAGCGCCAGCCCGCGCGCGCGGAGGCGGUCGGACGGACUCGGCGAGGAGCUGCGCAACGAGCUGCUGGAGUGUCUGGACACGGCCAGGUGGUGCGCCCGCUCGGCCGCGCGCGCCAACAUGACCGUGUUCCGGAGCGUCAACUCGGCGCCCGCUGUGCGGCAGGUGCUGGAAACGGCGGCCAUGCUGUUGGGUCAGUCGCCAACAAGCUGGAGCCGCCUGCGGCGCUACAUAGGUAGCCGAGCGUUCGCGAGCGAGAUCCAAGCGUUCAGCUGCGCCAAAGUGACGCAGGAGCAGUUCCUCAGCCUGCGCGAGCGCCUGAUGAGCGACGACUUCGACGAGGAGGCCCUGAAGACGGUCUGUGUCCCAGUGGUGCCACUGGCCAUGUGGUGCCGCGCCGUCGGCGUCUACCUGUCCAAGACCAGGUUCCGGGGCGGCCCCGAGAUACGGCCCGUCGCGGCCGCGGCUGGACAGGCUCCCAUGAACGAGCUGGUCCUUGAGAUUGCUCGGGGACUCUCUACCUCCCUCGCAGUCCGCGCGUCCACGGUCGGCUGCCCUGAUUGCGUGUGCCAGUGCUCGCCGACGCUGGCAUGUGCGGAAGGUUCCCUGCCUCAGGAGUACACGGUCCCGACGGGCCCGAGCGGGCCGACGUUCUUCUUCGUUGGCACGAUCGUCGGAGCGCUCGGGGUGCUGGUGGUGCAGCACUGCGUGUUCGGGGCUCGGGCCACGCCGCCUGUGCCGGCCGCCGCCGCUGCUGGGCUCGCUCCGAUCACCGACGACGUGGAGAAGGUCGCGCUCCAGCAGCUGAAUCUUCUUAGGCAGCGGCGCAAGAAUUCGGCGUGA